UCGUUUGAUGAAAAGUGUACGCAGUAAAUAAGUAAUUUUUAAAUAAAAACGCCUGAUUUCUUUCUUCUUCUUCAUACCUUAAGUUGAGCUUCUAGUCCAAAAUGUCGUCGUGGAAGAAGGCCGCUAAGGCGAAUCAGAAAACUCACAGAGAACGACAUCAACCAGAAGCUCGGAAACAUCUUGGACUUCUCGAAAAGAAGAAGGAUUAUAAAAAGAGAGCAGAUGAUUACCAUGAGAAAGGUCAAACCUUAAAACUUCUUCGGAAAAGGACACUUGAUAAGAACCCAGAUGAAUUUUACUAUCACAUGAUAAACUCUAGGGUGAAAGAAGGGGUACAUCAUGAGCUCCAGAAAGAGGGUGAGCACUCGUCGGAGCAGGUGAAGUUGAUGCAGACUCAAGAUAUCAAAUAUAUCAACAUGAAACGCACCAUUGAAAGUAGAAGAAUCAAUAGACUACAGUCCCAACUUCAUAUGACAGACGUAGCAGAGGCGACACCAAACACACACACAUUCUUUGUUGAUGAAGGUGAAGAGAAUGGCUUUGAUUUAGCGAAGAGACUUGACACACAUCCUGCUCUGAUUGGCAGAAAAUCCAAUAGGCCAAGAUUGUCUGACUUAAACAAGAUAACUCUACCAGACUUGGAUGAAGAGACUGUAAAAGAAAUGAAAAAGAAAAAGGAGAAAGUUUACAAAGAGAUUGCGAAAAGAAUUCAAAGAGAGACCGAGUUGACAGUUGUCCAACAAAAGAUGGAGCUAAAACGUCACCUGCAGGACACUUCAGUACUAAAGCCAAAGAAAAUAAAGAAGGGUUCGGCAAAAGCGGCUCCAGUUUACAAAUUCCAUUACAUAAGGAAGAAAUAAAAA